AUGGCCCAGGAGCAAGCACGGCUGGCGUUUGAUGAGAUCAGCGAGACUCUACACACUCGGGGGUACCACAAAGAUAAGAUAAGUACUGAGGGAUUGGGACGCAAACAAUGCGAGGUCCUCACCCACGUACUCCGUGCGUUGCUCGCUGAGCGCGACGAAGAAGCCGCCGUUCGCGAACGCCUUCUCACGCAAAAUCGCGCGCUGGAAAACAGCGUGGACCGCUCACAGAAGUUUGUCAAGCAGUCCAAAGAGAAGAAUACGGCGCUGGUGACGAAACUAAGCGGUUUAGAGACACAGCUGCAGCAGGCCAAUGCUGCGCUUGCAAAUGAACAAGCGACCCACCGCGCAACGCGCGAACAGCUCAACAAGGCGCGGAGCCAAUCAAAACAGGUGCGUCUUGCCGCGAUACAACACCGUGCCGCGACGGACCGGCGGAGCGAGCGGGUGCGUGAGCGGAUGGCGGCCAUGUCCAUGGCCAACACUAAAUCGCUUGUGCCCGAUAUCCGCAUUGCCAGCCCUGCCUUUGCAACGCAGGCCAGCACUGCCGAAGAUGAGAUGGCCGAUGCACAACUUGGCGAAGCGGAGAAACGCAAUGCGUCUCUACUUGAAUUUGCACACGCACUCAAGCAACUCGUGCUGGACAGUUUGCACUCAAUGCAAGCGGCCGACGCGCGCCUGCAGAAAAUUAUUGAGGUCGAGAUGCCAGACGGACAAGCACUGCGCCGCUCGCACGACGUACGCACAAAAGAGUUGCGAUAUGUAAUGCCAGCCAUCUUCCCCCCACUGCAUCCAUUGGUGACAGACGAUACAGAAGAGACGCAUCCUGCGCGUAAAGCACUAUGGACACUUACACGCUCGCUACAAGAGCACGUUGCGCAGCUAUCGCAAUGGACGGCGGCGAAUCAUGUGUGGAAAGAGUAUACCCCUUGGAUCGAUCCACCAUCCCCGUCCCCGUCCACGUCCCCGUCCACGUCCACGUCCGCGUCCAAAUCCACGAAACGCGCGCGAAUUUCGGCAUCGUAA